UUCGGUGCCAGGCUCCCGCCGCCGCGCGCCCUAGCGCCACCGCGCCAGCCUCGCGCGCCCUCGCCGGAUUCCCCGCGGACCCGGGCUCCCCGCGUUCCUCGGGGUCCCGCGGCGGACCCGCUCGGGAUGUGACCCCCUUGACUCCCCCACCCGACCUCCCCUGCCCCCUGGGAGGCCCGCCUUUGCCUGCUUUUGGGGGGGUGGGCGGGGAGGGGCGCGCGGAUCAUGGCAUUGGAGUUCCCGGGUUUGCAGCCGCCGCCGCCGCUUCGUUCACGCACCCCAAGCGCCCCUUCUUCCCAGAGCAGCAGCGGAGAAGGCGAAGCGCCCGGUGGGGGCGAGGCAGAUGGGGCUCAAGGCUCGCAGGGCAGCGGGGGCGGCCGGCGGCGGCGGCGGCGGCGGCGAAGGGGGCGGCGGAGGCGGCGGGGCAGCUAACCCGGCCGGAGGGGACGCGGCGGUGGCCGGCGACGAGGAGCGGAAAGUGGGGCUGGCGCCAGGAGACGUGGAGCAAGUCACCUUGGCUCUAGGGGCCGGGACCGACAAAGACGGGACCCUGCUGCUGGAGGGCGGUGGCCGCGAAGAGGGGCAGCGGAGGACCCCGCAGGGCAUCGGGCUCCUGGCCAAGACCCCCCUGAGCCGCCCAGUCAAGAGGAACAACGCCAAGUACAGACGCAUCCAAACUUUGAUCUACGAUGCCCUGGAGAGACCGCGGGGCUGGGCGCUGCUCUACCACGCGCUCGUGUUCCUGAUUGUCCUGGGAUGCUUGAUUCUGGCUGUGCUCACCACCUUCAAGGAGUACGAGACUGUGUCUGGAGACUGGCUUUUGCUGCUGGAAACAUUUGCUAUUUUCAUCUUUGGAGCUGAGUUUGCUUUGAGGAUCUGGGCCGCCGGAUGUUGCUGUCGAUACAAAGGCUGGCGUGGACGGCUGAAGUUUGCCAGGAAGCCCCUGUGCAUGUUGGACAUCUUCGUGCUGAUUGCCUCUGUGCCCGUGGUCGCCGUGGGAAACCAGGGCAAUGUCCUGGCCACCUCCCUGCGAAGUCUCCGCUUCCUGCAGAUCCUGCGCAUGCUUCGAAUGGACAGGAGGGGCGGCACCUGGAAGCUCCUGGGCUCCGCUAUUUGUGCCCACAGCAAAGAGCUCAUCACCGCCUGGUACAUUGGCUUCCUGACGCUCAUCCUUUCUUCGUUUCUCGUCUACCUGGUGGAGAAGGAUGUGCCGGAGGUUGACGCCCAAGGAGAAGAGAUGAGAGAGGAGUUUGAGACCUACGCAGAUGCUCUGUGGUGGGGCCUGAUCACACUGGCCACCAUCGGAUAUGGAGACAAGACACCUAAAACCUGGGAAGGACGUCUGAUUGCUGCCACCUUUUCCUUAAUCGGCGUCUCCUUUUUUGCCCUUCCAGCAGGCAUCCUUGGCUCAGGACUGGCGCUCAAGGUGCAGGAGCAGCACCGUCAGAAACACUUUGAAAAGAGAAGGAAACCAGCCGCUGAACUCAUCCAGGCUGCCUGGAGAUAUUAUGCUACCAACCCCAAUAGGAUUGACCUAGUGGCAACCUGGAGAUUUUAUGAAUCGGUUGUCUCUUUCCCCUUCUUCAGGAAGGAACAGCUGGAGGCAGCAGCCAGCCAAAAGCUGGGUCUCUUGGAUCGGGUUCGCCUUUCUAAUCCUCGUGGUAGCAAUACUAAAGGAAAGUCAUUUACCCCUCUGAAUGUAGAUGCCAUAGAAGAAAACCCUUCUAAAGAACCAAAGCCCGUGGGCUUAAACAAUAAAGAGCGUUUCCGCACCGCCUUCCGCAUGAAAGCCUACGCUUUCUGGCAGAGUUCUGAAGAUGCUGGGACAGGUGAUCCCAUGACAGAAGACAGGGGUUAUGGGAAUGACUUCCUCAUUGAAGACAUGAUCCCCACCCUAAAGGCUGCCAUUCGAGCUGUCAGAAUUCUCCAGUUCCGCCUGUACAAGAAAAAGUUCAAGGAGACCCUGAGGCCUUAUGACGUGAAGGAUGUGAUUGAACAGUACUCCGCGGGACACCUUGACAUGCUUUCCAGGAUAAAGUACCUUCAGACAAGAAUAGAUAUGAUUUUCACCCCUGGUCCUCCAUCCACUCCAAAACAUAAGAAGUCUCAGAAAGGGUCUGCAUUCACCUACCCAUCCCAGCAGUCUCCAAGGAAUGAACCAUAUGUAGCCAGGGCAGCCACCUCAGAAACCGAAGAUCAAAGCAUGAUGGGGAAGUUUGUUAAAGUUGAAAGACAGGUCCAUGACAUGGGGAAGAAACUGGACUUCCUGGUGGACAUGCACACGCAACACAUGGAACGCCUACAGGUGCACGUCACAGAGUGCUACCCCGCCAAGGAGGCCUCCUCCCCCGCCGAAGGGGAGAAGAGAGAGGACACCAGGUACUCUGAUUUGAAAACCAUCAUCUGCAACUACUCAGAGACAGGGCCCCCAGACCCACCCUACAACUUCCACCAGGUGCCCAUCGAAAGAGUCGGCCCCUAUGGGUUUUUCUCACAUGACCCUGUGAACCUGACCCGAGGGGGACCCAGUUCUACAAAGGCUCAGGCCACCCUUCCCUCCUCGGGAAGCACAUAUGCAGAGAGGCCCACGGUCCUGCCCAUCUUGACUCUUCUGGACUCCUGUGUGAGCUACCACUCCCAGACAGAACUGCAAGGCCCCUACUCGGACCGCAUGUCACCCUACCAGAGACGCAGCAUUACUAGGGACAGUGACACGCCUCUGUCCCUCAUGUCUGUCAACCACGAGGAGCUGGAGCGGUCUCCAAGUGGCUUCAGCAUCUCCCAGGACAGAGAUGAUUAUAUGUUUGGCCCCAGUGGGGGAUCGAGCUGGAUGAGGGAGAAGAGGUACCUGGCCGAGGGGGAGACGGACACAGACACAGACCCCUUCACGCCUAGUGGUUCCAUGCCUAUGUCAUCCACCGGGGAUGGCAUCUCAGAUUCCAUAUGGACCCCUUCCAACAAGCCCACUUAGAAGGGGUCACUGGCUGACUCCUGGUACUGCAGACAGACUGUGUACAGCUCACUUACUCUCACACCCGGCACUUACAAUGGUGUAAGUGGCUGUGUCAGGCGCAUGCAUGUGCGUGGUGGCCCCCGCUACAAGCAGGGGCUCCUCACGGCCUUCUUCUUCCCUAUGUCACUGCAACAACGUCGCUUCCUUUUCAGCAUGGUUUGCAUGACUUGACACUAUAUAAACUGCACUGUUAGUCUCUUCUAGAUACACAUUUAUCUGCUCUUCUUACUUCUAAUCAUGAUCGAACAAGUACAGGGAGACUUAUUGAUGAGCUGUGCUAUUCAUUUGGUUGGCUGGUUUGGGUUUUGAUUUGGAUAAACUGAGAGCAUAAUUUAAGUUAUUUCUAGGCUCACUUCCCCUUUGUGUAAAAUGCUCCAGUUAAUCAAAUGUUUUCUAAAGCAAGGAAAUAGUUUUCCUAACCAAAACAUACUGCAUUCCAAUGACGCUGUCUACUGGGCAAAAAUAGAGGACAGGAACAAGAUACUCAAUCAAUAUCCAAAGCCAAGAUUUUAAAAAAUCAUUUCACUGAAGGAAGGCUGGCAAAUUAUUUAAAAAGCUCCCAGGGGGACUUGGUCUACUCUUGUUCAGUACUGUGCCUCGGUUUCCUUAUGUGUAAGAUGUUGGUGAUCCAAAAUAUGACAUUGCAUGCGUUAUGGAUUGGUGAGGAGAAAUCUUACACACCUACUGCAAACAGAAAAAUAGUUCCCAAUGUAUGUAGCCAAAGAUAAUGAAAUUUACCAGAAGUGGGGUGCCCCUCUAGGCAGGAACUAUAUCUGGUGUCUUCAAAAUAAGAUUCCAACUCACUCUUCUGCCUGUACUUGAAUCCAGAGUGGAAGUUAGACUCCAGAGCCAGAGUCACUGUCUUUCCAAGCCCUCUCUUUAAAGGUGUGUGUUUGGGCACAAGGCAAGUGACAACCCUGGAGACACUUGGCUGUCAUGCGGACAGUAAGGACUUGAAGCUCCUCCUGGCCUGAGUUUCCCUGCACACUGUCCCAUUUCACACUGGGAUCCAGAAGUACCGCCAAGACACCAGCACUCUCUAUCCAUGGGAUACGGUCUCCACUCUUUACUCAGAGCAAGGAGACGUCUGCCGUGACUGCAAUGCAUGCCCACUUGAUGUUUUGUUAAGUGGGAUCCAGGGUGGGGAAUACAAACUAGUUAAUUAAUAUACAAAUAGGGAGAAUUCCCAGAAUCACCCUCUCUUUUACUCCCCCAGAUUUUCUCAAGGAAAGUACUAGAACCAGAAAAAAAAAAGUCGUAAGAGCUGCUGAAGUGUCAGCCAACAGCCUGAAACCCCUGCCCGCUGCAGAAGGGCUCAUGUUUAAGCACAAGUCACCCUGUGGCCUCCUGGGAGAUAUUGCUACUUGCUAAAAUCCUCUAAUGAGAAAGGUUGGACUUUGCUAGAUCACUAUGGUACAGUAUUAGGGUCUCAGUCUUUUCAUGCACCUAAACACUUGUUUUAAAUGAUUGUCAUGGUGACCGUCAAGGUGAUAAAAAUAUCCUAAGUAAGUGUUUACAUGCAACUGCUGCCAACGCUUUUGCUGUAUUGUCAAGAUCCAUAGAUACUAUGGCAGAUAUCUGGUUGGUGGUCUCAAAAACUCCUAAUACUAGUGUUUUGCCCUGUGUUGGCUAGAGAUUUCUCAGAAAUCUGUUUCUUUCAACCCACAUGCUAGUUAGUCCCGUACAAAGGGCUGAAAAUAAGUGAUGAUGAAAGCUUGUCCCAUGAUUAUAGGUACUUUAAUCCAAAGCCCGGAAUUCCGUGAAUGAUGGCAAACACUGUGAAUGGUAGAGAAAUAGCCUUCAUGGAUGAUAUCAUGAGUGGAUAUGUGGUCGCUGACCUUUAAGUCCAAGGCAGGCAAUAUAUUAAUACAGUCACACACAUUGGAUGUAAAGACUUCCCUUAUGGUUUUCAAAUUGACUUUCUGGCAAUCAGAAAGACAAAUGCUGUGGGCCUGUCCCCUUUCAAUAUGACUUCUGUGGUGCCGUUGGGGUUAUGAGAAAACUUACACCUCCUCCUAGGGACUUGGCUCUUGAAUCUGACUUCUCUAGAAUUUUUUUUUACCAGAAAUAGCUGUACUAUCUGGCACCUAACAUAUGCUGUCCGUCUUUAUGUGCAUGAAUUAUUAGGAGUGGAAAGUGGAGAACAAUGUGUGCCAUGUAGUUAGUUUUCUCUAACAUCGACGGCCUUUCAGAACUUCCCAGCAUCGGUAUGUUACGUGUAGAUGCAUUACUUCAGGAGCUCAAUGAAGUUCUUAGCCAAGAAUUCUUUGAACUGGAGCUUGCAUUGUACUCCAAGCAAGCUCUAAGCCAGCAGUCUUGUUUUCCUGAUGAUUCAACAUCAGAGGGGCGGGAAUUAGGCUUGUGUUCACUUUCAACUUAGUAGAUGUCUAAGUUGUCUGUAUCAGAAAGGCACAAGCAAAUACAUACUGUGGGAAGGACAUAUGCUAUGAGCCUCAAUAGCUGAUCUUUCCUAUCUAAGAAAACAAUCAGGAGAAAGAUGGUCUGGAGCCCUUCUACAGUAACAUUCUCUGAAAGAAUUCUAGACCAGCAAACCAAACCUACUCAUCAGAACCUGGUCACCAUGGCUAGCGCUGAGGAUGCAGAAGUUUUACCCUGGACCUGAUAUGACAGUGUAUGUCUCAUAAAGAUCUGUCAUAAGUCAAGAUAAAUGAAUCUAAGGACAGAAUAACCCUCAAGAAUUGGAUAACAUGUCCCAGAAACCACACCAGUAACUCUGCAGCCUGCUAAGGAAAUCUUAGCAGCUGUGGAAGGAUGACAUGAGGCUGGAGGUGUAACUCAGUGGUAGAGUACUUGUCUACCAUACAGAAAGUUCUGACUUUGAUUCCUAAUAUCUCACAAGACAACACAUACACACACAUAUAUUCAUACUCAUUGGGGGGACAUAUUUUAACAAGAUAAAAAUGAGUGAGAAGAAUCCAGUUUAUAAAUGCUAAUUAAAAGGUUUCUAUUGGGCUGAUAAAAGUGAGUUUAAGUUUUGACUCUUAAAUAUUAUCAUACAGGUGAAUACUAAAAACAUACAAAAACUAGAACUGUGGAAGAGAGAAAAAGAAAACAUUGAAUUGAGAAAGCUCUCUUCAAUAAUUAUCUUUAAAGCUUAGAAUUCAGACUUAUCAGAUAUGGCACUGAUGUUUUAAAAUCUUAUUUUUGUGAAGAAGUAAAUAGAAAACACCAAAGUGUAUAGGUAAAACCAAACUAAUUAAAUGAACAAUUAUGCAUCUUACAUCACUUGUGGACAAAGCAGCUCCUAGACAUUGUAGCUCAAGAGUAAGCACCCUUAGAAAACAUAACAUAACAGAACCUACUCGAACUUUGCCCAAAAAAAAUCAUCCUCAUAAUUCUAUGCCACUCUGGGAGUGCAAUAAGGAAGUACUCGUUUGGUUGUUCAUUGGGCAAGAUUUGCUAAGUAUCACUGAACACCAAGGGUUGGGCAACAGAAAUUCAGAGACCGGAGUGUGGUUUCUGCUGUAAGAAAUCUGGUGACUGCAACUGUCAGGGAUCCUUUUAGACUCUUCCUACACUUGAUUUCGGAGCUGCAGACAACUGUCCUCCAAUGGGCAUGCUUCCGCUUACAGUGGGAGGGGGCAGGGCCUGUCAGGGGAUUGGGGUUCAACACAGAAGAAAGUGGAAGAAAAAGUGACUGAUCCUGUCAUCCAGGGGAAGGCGAGGGUCACUGAACGGGGACUCUACAUUUGGACUCAUCAUUCUGAGCUCUAUAGCCGCCAAAUGAGUGAUGUAAGCACCUGGGCUCCGAGGAAAGUUCCCGGAGAAACUAGCUUUCUCUUCUGUAUCCUCGCCACGAUGGAGGUCUGGCAAGCAGUUGGGGCAUCUAUUUCAUCAUAUGGACCAAAAAGAGAUCUGGCACAGAUCAUGGCGUAACCUCUCCCUGAAAAGACGGAAGUCACUCUGCCCGUGGGAAGCUGCAGAUCAAAGACUUCGGGAAGAAAGAGAAGCAGCGACCUCACAAGUCAUCUAUACUUUUGACAAGGCUGCCAGGUAGACCCUGACUCCCAUGAUCCAUUGCUACAGAGAUUAGACAUCUGUGGUUCUCAUGACUAUGUCCCCAAGGCAUCCAGGACCACAGAGAUUUUUAAUUUGCUUUGGGGUUUUGGGAUAUCCUUCUGAAUUUAUCUUCACUUGUCUUUGAAAGCAUGCUAUUGCCAGCAUGAACUUUAACCUACACAAGUGCGUUCUGCAUCCAAAAAAGAAAAUUCUAGAGCUGAUUUUACCCAGAUUGAAACCGAGUCAUCUAUACCCUAAACAGGGUACCAGGCAGCAGCUCAAUACCUUCCAGCUUUAGGAAGGAUCCCAGAUUAAGGACCACAGUACCUAUGUAGUUUUCGUUGUUUUUGCAACCACGGAGUGAUGAUAGUAUCAAACAAAUUAAAGUGAUAUUGAGAUGUCUUGUAUAAAAACUUGGGUUUGGGGGACAUUCAAAACUAUUUCAUCCUAUUUUAAAUUUUAAGUGAGACAAUCAACUAUGUAUAAAAUCCUCAGUACAGUGACUGGUCCAUACCAAAAUUGCUAAUGAUGAUUUACGUCUGCUUUUACAAUAUGUGUGCACUCCGUAACAUUGAUUAGUGAUAUUACCUAUGUCUCUCAAGUUUACACCAGAAAAUAUUUUUUUAGGAAAAAAAUGCUGGGGGAGAUAUAGUCAAAAUUAUUGCAUGAAAAAACUAGGUUUUUUUUUUCUGUUGCUCUUUAACCAUGUACCUGUCUGCAACAUGAUUUUUUUCCCAUCAAAGUGUGGAAGAUAAAUACUGGGAGGAGCAUUGAGACUAUUGGUUCUUGGUGGCUAGGUGGUAACAGUUCUAUAGAACAGAGUGCCAUGUUCCCUUUUUAAAAAUGACUUAUAGGAGAGACUAUUGGAUCUUGGUGGCUAGGUGGUAAAAGUUCUAUAGAACAGAGUGCCAGGUGUAGCCCUGUUCUCUUUUAAACAAUGACUUAUAGGAGAUACAGACAAAGAGAACUAACCAAAUAUGAAAGGAAAACCACCUGUGGAAUGAUGGCUACCAGCAGCACCCUUUCCCUGACUGGGACUUCUUCAGGAGGAGGGUCGGAACCUGUUCAGACUCUCCCUUGUGGAUGGGAUCUCAGCCUUCGGCAGCCUCAACUUCAGUAUCUUGGGUCAGGUACAGUUCAACAGAAUUGCGUAGGUAUAGUUUCACAGAUUCUAAAGUGUUUGUAGCAAGACCUUGGUCACCCACAUGAUUUUAGGGCAGAACAUGCAUGUUCAGAGAAUAGGGGCUUUAACCAGGUCUCAUGGUGACUAAAAUAAAGACUGAGUAGAGAAUGAACCUAGAUCUCAGGUCUCCUGAGCCGUGUUCCAGAUGCUGACCCUGGAAGAUAAACAAAAAUUGCCAUCCUCCCUUGAGAAACAGCUGAAGUUGAAAUACUUUUUGAGAACCUAACUCUAUCUCUAGAACAGGACUGAUGCCCCCAAGAUGUCCCUUCUUCUGAGUAUCUCAUCAUCAAGGAGCCCAGGUAAACCUCCUGCUAAUGAGUACAGAAAGACAGAAAACAACCUUUUAACCGUGUCCAUGACUAAGGCCCACCAUUAUGAUUUUCUCACUUUGUCUCCUAUUGUGCCAAGAUUGGGCAGGGUCACUGGUUUGGUCCAUCCAUUUGACGCAUUCAGCUACACUGACACCUUGGGCUGCAUCCUUAGAUGCAGGUCCGCUGAGGGAGACGUCUCUAUAGAUGAGAUCUAAGUAGGACCUGAUUUCUUUGGGAAUCAGACUUCCCACAAAUUUCCAGUUCAGCCAAAGGUGACUCUUGGUACUGGAAUAUCUAGGUUUCAUCUGACCAAACCUGGUUCUUCUCACUUUACCCCCAGGCGAUCAAUCCCCAUGCUAAGCCAUUUCAUAGCAGAUAUUCUUUGGGCCUUUGCCAAAAACUGCCUAGAUUCGGUUCUGCUCAGAACAUACCACGUCUGUGUAACUAUGGUAACACUUUAGGGAACAAACUGGCCUUCAUGACUCUUGUACAGAUCUCCAGAGUCUCCACUUGGGCUGGGCUUACAUUUGCCAGAAUUUGACAGUGUUCCCCAAGAAUCUAUACAAAACCCAUUGAUAAGAUAGGAUAUGUUGAUGAUCCUGACUUGGCUGAUCCAAAACCUCCUGAAAGAAUCAAAGAGAAAAGUGACAUGGGAUGUCUUUCGUUGACUGAAUUAUUUUAAAGAUUGUCAUUCUGCCUGAGUCUUUUUUUUCUCUGAACAGCCCUCCUUUGAGAAUGAAGGAAGUGCCAGUAAAGAAUAGUAAUUUUUAACAUAGUAUUAAAAAAAAACAUAGAUCUUUGUAACCCAAGAAUGGCUUAUGUUAAUUAGCCACGCCUAGUGCUUAGGAAUAUACCGACUAAAACUGGAAACCUAAGAGUUAUGAAAAUGAGAGAAAGUUUGCUUGCAGUGCUCCGGUUCCCAACUCCGUCCACAAAAUUGAGGUCUGGACUAGGAGAACAGCUCCCCCUAAGUUCUUCUUAGGAAUGGCAGGCAUGAGAGGUAGUUCUCUAUAUUGCCUGCACACCGCAUCCUUACCGCACUUGAGGGCUGUCGCUGGCUGCCCAGAAUUUGAAGCUGAGAGAAGGACAACCACUUAGAUGUCACUUAUUGCAAGGAAAAGAGAUUUUACAGAAAUCCAUAGACCUCCUAGCUCUGCCCCUACACAAAUCCUCCCAGACAGUAGGAUUGUCCUCAGUCCGCUCCAGGGAGAAGACGGGUGACUGUGUCAGCUGCCCCCUGCUAUUCAGCAGGUCCGCUGCAUGUUUUCACAAACCAGCUGUGGGAGGCAAAAAGUGAUGCCACAUAAAUUAUUCACAGGGUUCACACUGGAGUCCAUUAGCCCUUGGAGUCUGGUGGUCACAGAUACUCCCAGAAACACCCUUUGUUCUCUGUCCCCACAGAUCCACUGUCACUGUGUUUAUCUGAAUGAGUUCAAAAGUGCCCUAGCCUCAGUCCUGGACUUUCCUCUUCUGCCUCAGACUGCAUCUUUAUUUUAGGGCUUUGAAAUACUGUGCAGACACAAACGAACCAUUAAAGCAUGUUCUCUGAGAGACCAAGUGGGCAGAUGGAUUAUGUCUCCAUUUCUCAAUAUUAAGAGAACAUGCAUCUGCAUGGACACUUAAUGGGUCUCCUAACAGGGAGAUCCUUUACCCUUCUGAAUCCAGUUCCAGGGAAGGGGAGAUCAGCUCUACCCUCCCGCCCUCCCUGAGGGCUAAGUAGAGGAUUUGGACAGCCCUUCAACCCACAAUAGCAGGUGCAAGCUGUUAGAGAGACAACCUGUGUCAGGUUCUAAAAAUCCGACGUAGGGUGGAAGCACGUGAUCAGAUUUGCCAGUCCUUCCUGUUUCAACUAGAAAAAAAAAUCUCUUUCUUCAGACGGGCUAUGAAUCCUAUUCCCCCCUUUUCCUAAUGUAGCAGUGACAGAACACACCUACUGUGGAAAGGCAAAUUGAUGUUUCCAAUGAUGUGAACCACUGUAUUUGAUUUUAGGUUGGAUUUUCUUUUACCCCUUUUUACGGCAUAGAAUUCUGGUGCCUUGCUCCCUGGAUUUGUCUCCGUGCUAUGAGUAGGCUCUCCACAUUCUGGCUUACACGGGAACACAACUAUUCCACAAGUGCCCUUUAGUGCUCUUUAUAAUAUGGUUUCCUGUAAUUUUUAAACUGUAUGUGUAAUUUAUAUUCUGGCUCUGUCCAAUAUUUGACAACUUUACUAGGUUGAUUUCCAUAUAUAUUAUGCAAACAAUUCUUACCUGAUUUUUUAUGUUCUAUCUCAAAAAUCAAUAAAGAUUGCACCACUUAUUAAUAA